AGCACCUCGUCUUACUUAGUUGCUAAAUCCGUCACGCACGCUCUUCUGAGUGAUACACCUUUUCUUCUUACUCUUAUUCAUGCGUCUCCGUACGAGAUUCUUCCGAAGGAGACUGGUUGACAAAUGACCCAGAACCGGUGUUAACAGCUACAUACUUAUGGAAUUUCCGUGGUGCAUUAAACUGCAUUUCGAAAAGCGGCGUGCUGCGCAUUGAUAUCCCCGGAUGUUGCCAGUGGCAUUAACGGCAAUACUUCGAGUGAUCUUUUGAGUCGGAAGGCGCAUAGUACGGGUAUUGAUGCAUCGGAUACGCGAUCUGCUCCUCUUCUUUCCGAUGCUGGACCUGUGUCUUGUUGCUAAGACGCGAAUCCCGCUGGGCUUUGACGAAUACCUGUAAGACACGUCAUUUUCUGUCAAGAGACUCGGCUUGUUUUCUGUGCUCAUGUCUAAAGAAUCCGAUGCCAAGGUAACUGGUAUCUCACAUGUAUUAGACAGGAGCAUAAAACAUGAAGAUGAAGUCCGUGAUGCUUGCACGAAGGUCGCCGCGACGGACGAUUUUGUGUUGUUCAAUCUACUGGAAUUAACCGAGGAUUACGCAGGUGGAAGAACAGAAGUCGAUAUAUUUUCGAUCAAUUAUUCGGAAAAUUAGCAUGGCUCUUCGGUCGCGGUAUGCGUCAUAUGUUCAUCGCGGCCGACCUAUACUUGUGGAGUUAUUUAUGGACUUCGCCGAGCGGCACGGUUCUAACUUCCUCAUGUUGGGACGUAAGCAACCAAAGGCGGAAGUAUUAUGUCCGAGAAUUCAUCGCGCGCGUGGUCACGGUGUUGAUUUAAGCUUCGGAGCCGUCGAAAAUAUGCACGAACAUGUUUAACGAUACAUCUGCCAGCAGACAUGAACAUUUCUGCGACAAUCGGAUAGUCCUCGGUCCCACCUUACAUGUCUGGUCAUAUGUCCCGAAAUUUGGGGAUGCGCGCAGGACAGCUGCGUUGUAGUCCAGGACUUGUCGAACUUCGCAUGUAUUUCCACAUGUCCUCCUUCGUAUAUAAGGAGCAUCUGAGUUCGUUGCAGUCUACAUCACCGCUUCGGUUACUCAUCUACAGGCAGUUGGCAUAGGAAACAAUGUUCCGCGCUUCAGUUCUCCUCGCUUUCACCCUCGCCGCCGUUGUUCGCGGCCAGCAGGCAGGCACCGUCACGGCUGAAACCCACCCAACACUCUCCGUCUCUGAAUGUACUGCAGGAGGCAGCUGCACACAACAGUCCAGGUCCGUCGUCCUCGACUCAAACUGGCGCUGGGUACACGACACGACUGGCUACACGAACUGCUACACCGGCAACGAGUGGGACACUUCUCUUUGCCCUGACGGCACGACUUGCGCUGCAAACUGCGCUCUCGAUGGUGCUGACUACUCCGGCACUUACGGAAUCUCGACAUCUGGCGAUGCGCUCUCACUCACGUUCGUGACCCAGUCCUCUGGAAAGAACGUCGGUUCUCGUGUCUACCUCCUCGAGGACGAGAGCACAUACCAGAUGUUCAAGCUCAAGAAUCAAGAAUUCACUUUUGAUGUCGACAUGUCCACCCUCCCGUGUGGCCUGAAUGGUGCCCUCUACUUCGUGGAGAUGGACUCGGAUGGUGGUGUGUCCAAGUUCCCCAGCAACAAGGCUGGUGCCAAGUUCGGAACUGGCUACUGCGACACUCAGUGCCCGCAGGACAUCAAGUUCAUCAACGGAGAGGCCAACGUCGAAGGCUGGGAGCCGUCCGCCAGCGACCCGAACGCGGGAACCGGCCAGUUCGGUACCUGCUGUAACGAAAUGGACGUCUGGGAGGCUAACUCGAUGGGCGCUGCCGUUACGCCGCACGUCUGCACAGUCCAGGGCCAGACUCGCUGCGAGGGCACUGACUGUGGUGCUGGCGAUGAUCGCUACGAUGGUGUUUGCGACAAGGACGGCUGUGACUUCAACUCCUUCCGCAUGGGUGACCAGACCUUCCUCGGCCCAGGCAUGACUGUUGACACCAGCCAGAAGAUCACAGUUGUUACUCAGUUCUUGACCGCCGACAACACAACGACUGGCCAGCUCUCUGAGAUCCGCCGCAUCUACGUCCAGAAUGGCAAAGUUAUCCAGAACUCGAACGUCAACAUCCCAGGAAUUCCCGCAGGCAACUCGAUCACGGAUGACUUCUGCAAUGCCCAGAAGACGACUUUCGGUGACACCAACACAUUCGAGCAGAUGGGUGGUCUCGCGACGAUGGGCGAUGCAUUCGACACGGGUAUGGUCCUCGUCAUGAGUAUAUGGGACGACUACGCGGCGCAGAUGUUGUGGCUCGACAGCGACUACCCGACUGACGCCGACCCAUCGCAGCCUGGUAUCGCUCGUGGUAACUGCCCGACUGACUCUGGUGCUCCCACGGAGGUCGAGUCGCAGAGCCCGAACGCGAAGGUUACCUUCUCCAACAUCAAAUUCGGCCCCCUCGGCUCGACUUUCUCCUCUUAAGUAUUAUUUAAUUAAGUAGGAUUUGGUCUGGUUGACAGUGAUACCGACCUCUCAUUCUUUUGGCUCCCUGGAUGCAUGCAC